AUGCUUCAAUCUUUGGGUGAUAUGGCCACCCAUAAUCAAGAACAGAUCAUGGAUCUGCAAGAUGACGCCUCGCUCAUGGUUGCGUUUCCUGCCAGCUUUGAAGCGAAGAAACUGGCAGAAGAGGGCGUUCCUUACCGCCCUCCGGGGAAAUGUCCGCCUUCGAAUGUGCCCGCACCCCUGAACGCUUUAGUCCAUGGCUGUGACCGCGAGGCAUACACCAUACUGGGCGAGUUGAACUGCACUGCCAGUCUUAUUACCUCGCUUGACACGACGCAAUUGAGCUCAAAUGGAGCAGCAUUAUCAUCAUUAUCGCCAGAGCUUAGUCAGGAUCCAUUCUUCCAAUUCGACAGCAUUCUCCAGCGCAACAAGAGUGCAGUGGACAGCCUGAAUCAAUUACUAGACUGCCAAUGCACACAAGAGCCCCACAUAGCCAUGCUAUACUUCUCCAUUAUUUAUAAGGUCCUGGCCUGGUACCAGGUCGCUGCACACCGACUCCUCACUCCUGGGAUCCUACCCACAAAUUUGAAGCAACGCUCAGGCUCGGUUGACUCGUAUGACCACGAGACAUCAAAGUCUAAACUCAUUUCGACAUUUUUACGAGUCGGCUCUUUCGAAUUGGACGACACAGAUCAGGCUGCACUUCAUCGCCAGCUGCUGCUGAUCGAGAUGCGCAAAGUUGAUGGCGUUAUUGAAAAAAUGAUUACGGUGCUUCGCAAGCACUCCAAGACGGAGAUAAGUAUUGCAAUGAGCUGGUGUGAUCUAGCUUGCCUCGCAAUGAGAGCAAAGCUUCAGGAGACGAAGGAGCUGAUGAGGCCGGCCAGUGAGUGA